UGGCAGCCCGGUGAAACAACGUGGACAGUUAAAGAAUAAAGUGUUAUUUAUUAAAGUCAGAGUUGGCACAGAGUGACUCUCACAUGUUUUCUUUCGUCUGGAUUUGAUAACUCGACUCAUCAACCCGGAAAAAAGAUGGGGAAGGCACCUAAAAAGAGGAGUCUUGCUGACAAGGUCCGCAAGACCAAGACCUCCACUGAGAUCAAGAACAACCCCUUUGAGGUGAAAAUCAACAGGAAGAAAUUUGAUGUUCUGGGGAGGAAAACGAAGCACGAUGUGGGUCUGCCAGGUGUGUCUCGAUCCAAAGCCAUCAAUAAGAGAAAAGAAACCCUCCUGAAGGAAUACAAACACAAAAACAAGUCCAACAAAUUAAUUGACAAACGAUUUGGAGAGUAUGACACCAAGAUGGCACCAGAAGACAAAAUCCUAAAGAGGUUUGCAAUGGAGAGGCAGCGUGUCCAUGAUAAGAAGGAUGUGUACAACCUGAACGAGGAGGAGGAGCUGACUCAUUAUGGCCAGUCAUUGGCUGAAAUGGAGAAAUUCAACGACCUCGUGAACAGCGAUGAUGAAUCAGAAGAGAAAGGUCUUUUGUCGGCUGAGCUGACUGCCUCCCAUUUCGGAGGAGGAGGGGGCCUCCUCAGAAAGAAGACAGGGGGGGAGCAAGAGGAGGAAGGAAGCCACAGGGCCAAGUCCCGGCAGGAACUCAUUGAAGAGCUCAUCCAGAAGUCUAAGCAGGAAAAGCGGGAACGACAGGUGCAGAAAGAGGAGGCGCAGGAGCUGACUGAGAAGCUGGAUCAGGACUGGAAGAGCAUCCAGGCUCUGAUGGUGAAGAAGACGCCCAAAGCUGACAAACCAGAUGAGAAACCCAAGCUGGAACAAUAUGACAUGAUGGUGAGAGAGCUCGGCUUCGAGAUGAAGGCUCAGCCCUCUGAGAAGAUGAAAACCCCAGAGGAGCUCGCCAGAGAGGAGAGGGAGAAGCUGCAGAAACUUGAGGCUGACCGUCUGAGGAGGAUGAUGGGAGAUGAAGUAGACGACAGCGCACAGAAACCAACCUACAUGUCUGCUGAUGACCUCAAUGAUGGCUUCAUCCUUGACGAUGACGAUAAGAAGACCCUGUCUUAUCAGGACGGAAAAUGGAACAUUGGAGAGGACUCUGAGGAAGAAAAGGAUGAAGAUGGCGAAGAGGGAGAGGCUGAUGAGGAGGAAUCAGAGGAAGAGGAGGAAGACGGGGAUGAAGAAGAAGAAGAAGAGGAGGAAGGGGAUGAGGAAGAGGAGGGCAGCAGUGACGAAGAAGAAGAAGAUGGCCACUCAGACUUGGAGUCAGAGCAAGACAGUGAGGAUGAAGAGAGACAACAGGAAGAAAAGGAGACCAGCGCCAAAGCGAAGAAGACUCUGACCAAAGAGGAGAUAAAGGCUCAGCAGGAUGCAGCUAAAGCAGAGCUCCCAUACACAUUUACUGCUCCAGAGAGCUACAGCGAUCUCACAGAUUUGCUCCAUGGACACACCCCUGACAACCAGCGCCUCAUUGUGGCCAGGACUCAGAAAUGCAACCACCCUGGUUUGGCUGUAGGCAACAAACUGAAACUGCAGAAACUCUUUGGCUUUCUGUUAGAGUACAUCGGAGAACUGGCCACCAGGACUCCACCUGAACUCACCACCAUAGAUAAGCUCAUACCAGAAUUGUACGGUCUGUGUCAGAUGUUUCCAGAAGCAGCCUGUAAGGCCAUGCAGAGCACCAUUGCAGAUUCUGCUCAUAGCAUGGAGGAGGUGCUGGAGGUCAAAGGGCAUGCUGCUUUCCCACCACUAGAUAUGCUGAUUUACCUGAAGGUGACGGCAUUGCUGUUUCCUACCUCAGACUUCAGACACCCAGUCACAACUCCAGCACUACUGUACAUCAGCCAGGGUCUCACCAAGUGUCCAGUGAGAUCAUUACAAGACGUAACAUCAGGUUUGGUCCUGUGCUGUCUGGCAGUAGAGUACGUCUCUUUUUCAAAGCGCUUCCUGCCUGAGCUCAUCAACUUCCUGGCUGGAACGCUACACCUGGCCGUGCAAGACAAGACCUCUCUAGGACUCUCUGUGGUGCCACCAUUUAGGUCAACAGGGAAGUACAAUGAUCUGCUGGUGUUGUCAGACUCAGAGUCCUCCAAGAGCUGGAGCAAGAAGAGCCUGCCGCUGUCUUACACACAACACCUUGAACUGAAAAGUGACCUCGACAGAGAUCACCACAGGUUGAUGUGUCUGUCUACCUGCCUGGACCUGGUGAAGCGAUGCUGCCUGCUCUACAAAGACCUCACAUCAUUCACACACAUCUUUGAGUCAAUCAGAACGCUGCUAUCAAAACAUCUCACAGCUCAAACAUUACCAGAGCCAUUAAAGGAGCUUCACAGUGAGAUCGUGGAGGCCAUCAGCAGUGCUCCUGUGACUCACAGUCGGUUGGUUUUUGAGAAGAAGAAACCCAUUCCUCUGAAGCUACUCACACCCAAGAUUGUUGAAGUAUUGGACUAUGGAAAGAAACGUGGCAGCACAAAAGAAGAGAGAGAGAAGGAGCGAUUGCAACACAAAUUCAAGAAGGAAUUCAAGGGAGCUCUGAGGGAGAUCAGGAAGGACUCACGCUUCUUGGCCAGAGAGAAACUCAACGAAGUUAUGAACAGAGAUGCAGAGAGAAAGAGGAAAGUAAAGGAGCUCUUUGGCAGUUUGGCCACUCAGGAGGGAGAGUGGAAGGCCCUGAAGAGGAGGAAGAGGAAGUGAAAUACAGACACUUCAUCAUUGAUUCUCUCCAUUAUCUGUUCUCUGUUAAAGAGACUUUUCUCAUUCAGCUGCGGAUAAGAACCCGAACAAGGUUGAAAUUUGUUGAUGUUUGUUUUUGUACUUUAUUUUUUAUCAUGAGACAGUAUAAAUUCAACUUCCUUCUCACAGCACACAUUUUAUACUGUUUUAGAAAUAGCUGUCAGCAGUGCACAUCAAGUUGUCAAACACUCUGAUGUAGGCGUUUGACAGUCAGAUACUGCUGUUGGAAGUGUCAGUCUACACAGCAGUGAAUAUUUGGUUUGCAAUCUCCUUUUUUCCCUCACAGAGUCCAUCAAUAAAAUGUGCUCAA